AUGGCCGAGGAAGAAGAAGCCGGGGCGUCAUUGAUAGCCGAGCUUUACAAACCUCCCGCACUGUUGCCGAUUGCGCAGCUGAGAAAUCCGCUUCUCUAUGCCAUCGAAACUUUUCCAGUCACUAUCAUUGUUGGGGAAACUGGAAGCGGGAAGACAACACAAAUCCCGCAAUUCCUCUACAAGGCGGGCUGGACGAAUGAUGGCUCUCAGAUUGCUGUUACUCAACCUCGGAGAAUAGCUGCUACGAGCGUGGGUGCACGGGUCGCAGAAGAGCUAGGAUGCCAGUUGGGACAGGAAGUCGGAUAUUCCAUCCGUUUUGAGGAUGUGACGUCCGAGAAAACGAAGAUCAAAUUUCUGACGGAUGGCCUUCUGCUGCGCGAGAUGCUCGUAGAUCCACUCCUGAAAAGGUACUCAGUGGUCAUGGUCGAUGAAGCACACGAGCGGUCAAUCAGUUCCGACAUUCUGCUCAGCCUUCUCAAGAAGGUCUUACGAGCACGGCCAGACCUACGCGUCGUAGUAUCUAGCGCCACCCUAGACGCGGAGAAAUUUCUCGACUUCUUCGCAUCCGAUCAAGGCGGGACUAUAAAUAUGAAAGAAGAUUAUGGGACUAUCGUUAGCAUCGAAGGCCGCACUCAUCCCGUAGACAUUUUCUACACUUCUUCUCCGACUAACAACUACAUCGAACAGGCCGUGGAUACCGCCAUGUCUAUCCACACCAAUGAAUCCGAUGGCGACAUCCUUCUCUUCGUCACUGGCCGCGAAGAAAUUGAUGACACCAUUGAUAUGAUUGCAGACCACAUCGCGGACCUCCCCCCCGGGUCCAAGACAUUGCAACCGCUGCCUCUGUACGCUGGUCUCCCAACCGAUCAGCAAAUGUACGUCUUCCAGAAGCCAGGCGAGAACGUGAGGAAAAUCAUCGUGGCAACCAACAUCGCCGAGGCCUCCGUGACUAUCGACGGCAUAAUCUACGUCAUCGACACCGGGUACGUCAAAUUGCGCACAUACGAUCCUGCCGUCGGCAUCGAGCGCCUCAAUGUGGUCCCCGUAUCCAAAGCGUCCGCUACACAGCGUGCCGGAAGAGCAGGUCGCACCCGGCCGGGCAAAUGCUACAGAAUGUACACCGAAGCCGCUUUUGAGGCUCUCGAGCCCGCCACCUUCCCUGAGAUCCAAAGGAGCAAUCUGGCCCCAGUGGUACUGCAGCUCAUGAAUCUUGGCAUUCAGAACGUCAUCCGCUUCGACUAUCUCUCAAAUCCGCCCUCCGCGCUCGUCGUCCGCGCACUAGACCUCCUCUUCUCCCUCGGCGCCGUCGAUAUCCACGGACGCUUGACGAAGCCGUUGGGAGCUCGCAUGGCAGAGCUCCCGCUCGAGCCCAUGCUCGCUCGCACAUUGCUCAACGCGCCCUCCUUCGGCUGCUUCUCCGAGAUGCUGAGUAUCUCCGCAAUGAUGACACUUCAAGGGACCGCCUUUGUCGCCCACGACGGUAACCAAAAGCUCCUCGAAAAGGCACGGCGGCGCUUUGCUGUGAAGGAAGGCGACCAUAUCACGCUGUACAACGUGUACCAAGCGUUUACGAACCCGGCUGUGGGGAAGCAGUCGAGUCAGUGGUGCCGCGAGAACUGUCUUAAUUAUAAGGCCAUGCUCAAAGCUGUCAGUGUGCGUAAGCAGCUGCGAAACUACCUCGAUCGCAUGGGCAUACAAGAGAACGCUCUUGCCUCAUCGGAUGCCAUGACACGAGGGGGGCUUGACGUGUCGGAGAGAGUGCAGCGGUGCUUGACGACAGGCUUCUUCGCGCAGGCGGCGCGCAUGAAGAGCGAUGGGAGCUUCGUCACUGUUGGCGGAGAGACCGUGUUGUGGGCGCAUCCUAGCUCGAUCUUCUUCCAUCGGAAUGCGGAUUGGGUCAUCUAUCAUGAGAUACAAGAAACGAAGGGAAAGGUGUAUAUUCGGGAUUUGACGACUGUGGAGGCGGAUUGGCUGACGGAGUACGCGCCAGAAUAUUACAAGGUUAAGCAGAAGUAG